UUGCCAUUUGCCACACAUUCCCAAUCUCCAAAUAAACUUUACUUCUCCCCCGGAGAAGAAGAUGGGUUUCCUCAUAGGAGGCACUUGCUCUCCUCCUCUCCACUCUUCUAGACUCCUCCCAUCUCCUCCUUCUCAGUUCGUGCUUCUCUGCUCUACCAAUGCCGCCAAGUCCAAGCGUCGCCGACCACCAUCUGCUUCUCUACGCCACCAAGACGCAAAAAACGACAGCGUUUCCCUCAAAAGAAGAGCUUUUGUUCUUGUGGGUAUCUCCGUUCUUCCCUUCUUCCAGCUUCGAUCCCCUGCUUUGGCUGAUGAAAGAGAAGACAAUGUUAUAGCGACCUCAAAUCCUAAUCAAGAAACUGAGGUUGCAGUUAGUGAAGGAACAACAUCACCGAAUACAUUUCUCUCUCUCCUAAAUGGUCUUGGCAUUUUUAGUUCUGGUGUUCUUGGUGCACUCUAUGCACUUGCUCGUAAAGAUACUAAAGCUGCUGAAGAAACCAUCGAAUCUCUAAAGAACCAGUUGAAAGAGAGAGAAAACACAUUGGUUUCAAUGGAGAAAGACUUUGAAGCAAGAAUCCAGCUCGAGGAGGAAGAGUGGAACAAGGAAAGAAAAAAAGCAGAAGAGGAACGAUUCUCAUUGAUCAACCAAUUGAAUUCUGCAAAGGAUGUGGCGACGGGGCUAGGCAAGGAGCUAAGCAGCGAGAAGAAGAUUUGUGAGGAGCUUAGAGCUCAAGUUGGAAACCUGCAGAGUAAUCUGUCAAAGGCUGGUGAAGACAAAAAGGCACUUGAGUCAGAGCUUAAAGAAAAGCUUGAAUUCAUUGAGGGGCUACAAGAUCGGAUCAACUUGCUUAGUUUGGAGCUGAAAGAUAGCGAAGAAAAGGUUCGAAGUAUUAGCACAUCACUGGCUGAGAAAGAAGCAGAACUGAAGAAACUCAACUCUGCUUACACACAAACUAGCCGAGAACUUGCUGAAGCAAAGUUAGAGAUCAAACAGCUUAAGGAAGAAGUCACAAGAAUUCAGACUGAAAUAGACUCCAAGAACUCUACCAUUGAGGAAUUAAACACCAGAGUAAGCACUUUAGUUGCUGAGAAUGAGAGUUACAUCAAAAAGCUUGAUGAUGUUACAAAAGAUUACAGUGCUUUGAAAUUGACUUCUGAAACGAGAGCAGCUGCUGAUGCUGAGCUCAUAAGGAAGAAAGAGGAGGAGAUUCAGCAGGUUAAUGAAAAGCUGGAUCAUGCUGUGAAAGAUGUAAAUGAGAAUAAAGACAAAGUUGCUGACCUUAAUGAAAAGUACGAAGAUGCAAAGAGAAUGCUGGAUAUAGAACUCGCUAGUGUACAAAAAUUGAGACAUGAACUUGAAGGAACAAAGAAAACACUCCAGGCAUCGAGAGAUCGUGUCUCUGACCUGGAAAAGAUGCUUGAUGAGUCGAGAGCUUUGUGUUCAAAGUUUGAAUCAGAGGUUUCAAAAGUUCAUGAAGAGUUUGAUAAAGCCAAGGAAAGAUUUGAAGUAAACCUUGCUGAUGAAAGAAGAAACGGUGAGGAUUUGGCUAGGGAACUUGCAGUGGAGAAGGAUCAUUUGAAGAAAGUUAGAGACGAGCUUGAGGGGCUGAGGCAUGAGCUCGAAGAGUCGUCUGUCAAAAACCAGAGCCUCCAAAAGGAACUAGUGGAGAUUUACAAGAAAGCUGAAACCACUAACAAGGAACUGGAAGAGGAGAAAAAGAAGGUUUUGGCAUUGGAAAAAGAGGUGGAAGCAAUGGAAAAGCAGAUGUUGAUGGACAGGGAAGCCAUGAAAUCACUUGAAACAGACUUGGAAGAAGCAGUUAAGUCUUUAGAUGAGAUGAACAAGAACACAACGACACUUUCACGAGAGCUUCAGAAGGUGAAUAACCAUGUCUCGAGCUUGGAGGACGAGAAAGAAGUGCUUCAAAGAUCACUAGAAGAGGCAAAGAACGCAUCAAAGGAAGCCAAGGAAAACGUGGAAGACGCACAUAUCAUCGUGAUAAGUCUAGGAAAAGAGAGGGAACUGCUGGAAAAGAAAGUGAAGAAGCUGGAGGAAGACUUGGGCUCUGCAAAGGGAGAGAUACUGCGCAUGAGGAGUCAACAGGAUUCUGUUAAAGCUGUGAAUAGUACAGAUGAUGAAGAGAAGAGUGAUGAGAAGGUUACUGCGAAAAAAGUUGUCAGGAGGAGAAAGAGCAGCACCAGUUCUUGA